AGCUGGUGCAUCGGUGAAGACCAGCAGUCUCAGUUGGGCGUUCAAAGUCGUUCGUUCAUCGAACUAUCCCUCGUGUUGUUUGUUUUUUUCCCAUCUAUACGUCAGCAGUGGCGGAAUAUCCAAACUGUUUGUUGUUUUUCGCCCGGCAAUUAUAUUUGUGAGGACAAUAUAAGAACGGCCAUUUUAUAUGAGCUCGAGUGAUGUGCUGUGCCACGGACUAUGUGUGACUAUUUUGUAUUGCGGGCGUCGGGACAGCAGCAGGAGCCAGCAGCAGCAGUGUCCAUCAGUUGCUGGGUUCGUCUGCAGCAAUUGCCGGCCAUUUAACGGCAGGGAAUAUAAUAUAAGAUCAUCGCUCCCCCUCGUCAGUUUUAUUUUCCCCCCCUUUUCGGCUCCUAGUUUUUGCAAUAUCUAACUGGCUCCUAGAAAUAAGGAGCUGCUGUCUAUAGACUCCUAGCCAGGAGCUAUCGAUCCACAAGGAGCUCUCCAGCAUCCCCCCAACGUCAGCAUCGUCUAUAAGCUGUGACCUAUCCACGUUAUAUAAAACCAAGAGCGGGAAUAUUUAAAAAGAACUAUAAAAAAAGAAUAGAAAUAAUCAGAAAAAUAUAAAUUCAAAAAAAGACGUUCGAUCAAGUGUUGUUUGUGCAUACUACAUAGGAAAAGAAUAUAGAAGACCAGAAAGUGGUGGUGUUUGUUUAUUCGUCAGCUGAUGCUGGAAAGCCGAGAGUGAGAGAGCAAGAGUGUGUAUGCCUUUCCCGUGCUGUGCCGUGUGUCGUGUUUGUAUUGGUGAAUUGCCUGCGGAUCUAUAGAGAAAAUAAAUUGAUCAAAAAAGAAAGAAAAAAGCAGGAGGAUGGCCGGCAAUGAGCAGCGGAGGAAUUGGCUGAGGAUGUUGUUGGUGACGGCCCUGAUGUCGUCCUACUUAUUUCUGUGCUUGUGGUCGUUGUGUUGGUCGUCGUCGGCCGACGCCACGGCCUUGGCCUCCUCGUCCUCCUCCUUCCUGGCGCCGUCCGAGGUGAACACGUGCGACAUCUCCGAGUUCCGCUGUCCCAGCAAAGACGGCCAGGGCACACUCUGCCUGCCCAUGGAUCGCUGGUGCAACGGCAAGGACGAAUGCGACAAUCGGGUCGAUGAGCCUCGAUCCUGCACCAUUUGCAACCGGACUUAUUACGCCCGACUGGGAUCGACGUACCGGCUGAGUCUCGUCCGCCCUCGAAUGUCUGGGACGACUCAAAUCCUACCGUGGCACUGCUGGUUCAAUUUCACCGCUCUCGGCGGUCACCAUGGUGACAGAGUUCUGGUGGGAAUGGAGGCCUUCUCUGUUGGGCAACUGCAUCGAUCGGAGAACGGCAGUUUGUGUCUGGGCGGCCAGGUCGUCCAGAGAGACGCUGCGUCCAGUCCAGGCGACGCCGACGUCGUUCAUGGCGGUGACCAAAUCAUCACCGGCGCCUGGUGCGGUGAAGGAUGGGGUCAGCCAAUCACGACCAGCGCUGGCAAAUGGCUGCAACUGAUGUUGACCAUCAGCGACGUGGUCGAUUUGAGCCGAUUCCGAUUCGACCUGACGUACAGGGUCGUCCGGGCCGACACUGGCAACCUUUCACCUUCGACGUCAGCUGCUGUCUCCGCUAAUAACGGCAGUGGCGGAACUGCUGGAGCAUCAGGAAGUGCUGCUGCUGGGGCUAUCCUCUGGUACGGCGAUCCCGUUCCCGGCACCCUCUGCUCACGCAACUUGCACAGCUGCGAUCAACGGACAUGCAUCCUACAAUCGCCAAACUUUCCUGGUCUUUAUCCAAGGAAUGUGACUUGCUACUACUACAUCCGGCAGGCGUGGUCGCCCAAGAACCAGACCAUCUUGUUGACUCUGGUGCAAACGGAGCCGGGCCAAUCCUUUUCGGUCCGCACGUCGGACGCUGGCGACAAGGAGCGCAAAAUGAUGAGCGGUCGCGAGUGCCGGACCCGGGUCGACGACACCGUUUCCAUCUACAACGGCGCCACCAUCGAGUCGCCGCUCCUGGCCAGGCUCUGCGGGACGGGCAACAUGCCGCACAUCACCGGAGCCGGCGGCGAGCUCCUGGUCGUCUUCCGCAGCCAACCGCACGACGCCCCGUUCAAUCCGGCCCCGUUAGGAGCCUCGCCCGGGUUCCGAUUAACGACCCGCGUUCGAUUCGUGGCCGCCAAUCAGGUGCGCCAGUAUCAUCCCGAGUGCCGGAUCUCCAUCACCAGCUCGGGAUCCAACAGCCGCAGGAGCCAGCGCCAAGGGAUCAUUCGCAGUCCGGAAGCCACGAUGGCUCCUAACACGUCCUGUUUGUACGAAUUCACGGGGCGGGAGGAUCAGCGGGUCUGGAUGACUUUCCUGUCGUACCGGCUGGACGGCGGUGAGGAUGGCGACUGUCUGACGCUGACGGACGGCCAGGAGCUGGUGUCCCGUCAGUGCGGAGCCACGGUGCAGCCGCGCAUCUGCCCGCACGCUCUGGUCCACGCCAAUUCGUCGACGGCCUACAAGCCGUGCCGCUGGCAGGACGGCGAGAGUUACCUGUCCCGCAGCCCGCGCUUCACCAUCCGCCAGGAGCUGGCCACCGGAACGGCCAUCCGACCGUGGAGUUUCGUCAUCCGCUUCGAGUUCAUUACCGUCGAUCGUUUCAGUCCCAAGGAGCAGCUCGUCAGCAGCAGCGGCCAGGAGCAGCAGGAGUCUCCGGCUCCUAACGGGUCAGGGAUGACGACGGGGGUGGCGGACUCGCCGGAAGCGCCGUCCAGCACCGGAGAUGAGGACGACCAGCAACUCGCCUGGCAGAUGAUGACUCCUGAUUGCUUCCAGCUCCUGGAGAGCGCCAAAGGAAAUGGCAGCGUCUCAUCGCCUAGAAAUCCUUUGCUCUACGGACGCGGAGGCAGCCGCCACCUACGCUGCCUCUAUCGCUUUCAGGCCGGCAAAGGUGAGCACACGCAUUUGACCAUCAACCCGUUCCACUCGACGGGUUGCGCCCGGUUCAACCAGAGCGGCUGCCAGGCCUGUCUGAGCGUCGACGAGGUCUUCUGGGGCGGUCAGGUGCGCCGUCGCUCCUACCACACGUGCCGCUCGCUGUCCGGCAACAACCCGGUGGUCCUGCAGAGCGCCGCCUCGUCGCUGGAGCUCAUCUUCGAGGUGCGCGACAUGAACUGGGCCCAGGACGACGACCAUUUUUACUUCGUGGCCGAGUACUCGUUCUCGCGCGGAAUCGAUCCGGCCUGCUGGGACAGCCACCAGCAGACGGGCAAGCGCGGCAGUUUGCGCAUCGACCCGCGCGACCGAUGCGUCCGCCACUCCAUCCCGUGGCACAUCCAGGCCCCCCGCGGUGGAUACAUCAUCCUGGUCUUCCCGGCCGGCCAGGCCUCCGUCACCAAGACGGUCGAGGGCUGCCCGACCAACAAUCGGCUCUUCGUCUACUCCAUCACCGACGGCAAGACUCAACUCUACCGGGAAGUUUGUCUCAUGGCCGGCGGACUCCAGCAGACGGGCGGUGACACUAAAACCCAGCAGCAGCAGCAGCCGCUCAAUCUCUACUCGGCCGGCUGGUCGGAACGCAAUUGGAUGGCCGACGGGCUCCUGGUCGUCGCUUCUCUGCAAGGGGUGCCCAUUCCGGAUGAGACUCCGCUGGUUGUGACUUGGUUGUCCGUCUUCAAGGACGUCAGCAGCAAGUCCAUGUCGUUCGCCGCCCGUCAGUCCGUUUACGGAGCCAAUGCCAGCAGCAGUCAGAUGGUCUGCCGGACGGGUUGUCCAGCACUGGGCGCCUGUUUGAGCUCCGAUUUGUGGUGCGACGACCGGGACGACUGCCCGGAUGGAUCGGAUGAACGUCAGUGCAUCCGGCUGGUCUUCUGGCCGCUCUACGUCGGACUGGUCGUCAUUUUACUGUCGCUGACGGCCGGACUGGUGACCGUCUACCUGGUCCACCGCUACUACCAGGCCCGUCGCUACACGGCCAACGGGCGGACGUACAAACCUCGGCCGAAGGAGACGAAAGCCAAAUUCAGUUCCGUAACGGUCAGUCUGACCCGUCACUACGAGAAGGGCGGCCCGGGUUCCUGACAUCCGAUCACCCAACCCGACACGCCGCACUGGGCCACCGAGACCCUCUGCGUCGACGAUUGGGUUACCAGCGUCUGAUUUAUUUCCUUUUUUCUUCUCUUUUUGAUUUGGACAAAAUCUCUCAAAACAAUUUGUGUUGCGCCGUGUAUAAUUCAAUGUCUUAUGUGUGUAUAAUGCCCCUCCCCGAUCGUUUCUCAUUUGUGUCUCCAGUUCCAGUAUAUCCCUGGGAUUUCAAAAAAAUCGUUUCAUCUUUCCUUUUCUCUCUUUUGAUCAAUUCUAUCUUGAUUGACAUACAUAAAUCGAUACCAGAAAAAAUUUUAAAAACUAAAAAACUAAAAAACAAAACAACUGCAAAGUGGUGAGAGCGGACGGGCGACCGAUAUUUGAACUCGUCUUCCAUCACACUUGGUAGCUCACUUUGAUGUUCUUCAUUGUCUCCUCAUAUCCAGAAGAAAAGUCUCUAACCUAUAUGUAAGAUAAUAAUACCUGCCAAUGCGAGCGUCAUCUUUUGAUUCUAUAUAGUCUCUCCCCUACUGCCUCCCAAUCAACCCCCCCGAAAAUGAUCAAAGUAUCACGAACGAAAUUGGUUCAAUUGCCAAUUGAAAAAGAAAAAAAAAGGAAAAAUUUUGUUUGUUGUCAUUAUUGCCAUUCUUGAUCUCUCUCCGAAAAUAUUCGAAACAUUGAAUUUGGUUGUUUAUUUCUUUUCUUUAGAUCAUUUUGAAUUGUGUUGAAUGACAAAUUUAGGCGCGGGUGAUAUAUGUUUCUGAAUUUUUAUAUUGAUUGUUGUGUGUGUCGGAGAAAAAACAAACAAACAAACGGGAAGCUUCUGAUUGCGGAUGAAAUUGGCCGUUGAAAAUGUCGGGUGCGUUCAGAGCGCGCGCGGUCAAACAAGAAGCCCCGCCCAAUAAUAAAAAAAAAAGCGAGAAACAUUUGAUCCCAUUGCAAUUAGAGCCGUUUGUUGCUGGGUGGAGGGGGCAAAUCACACACACACACACUCAGCCAAUCUAUAUAAGUCGCUGCACACGGUUUUCACAUCACGCACCGGAUUUUUCUAUUUUCUUUUUCAUUUCUUCCGGCGUGUUAUAUGCCAUCCAGCAGGAGCUCAGCUUGGAAAACGAACUAUAUAUGGAAACAGAUGAUUAUAUAUCUACCUAACUCUCUAGCUCUAUAUACACCGCAGCCGUUUCUUAUUCUUUUUCUUUCUUCUUCUUCUUAUACACCCAAAGGAAUUGGGUUUGGACAUGCAAGUGUGUGUGUGUGUGUAUGUACAGUUCUCUAUAACUCUGCUAUACAUACUAUAUAUGGUCCACGGGACACAAUUCCAAUUGUGGAGGGGUCUGAGCAUCCCCAAUGCAUGCUUCAUGCCUUCCUUCAUUCUUAUGUUCUUGUUCGUUUUGUUCUUCCACCAAAUAAAAACAAACCAACCCAAAGAGAUAAAACUACGUCGCGAAAAUUACCCUGGUUGUUUUUUUAUUUAUUUAACUUGAAUUCCUCCACCACACACACACACUCCCCUCUCCGCUCUUGCUCUCUCGUUCUUUGCUCAUCCACUGGAUACGAUGUUGUUUCCUUGUUUGAGUUCUUUUUUAUAUUCAACGUAAAAACUGUGUCGUUCCCCCUGUUUUUAUUUUUUAGUUCCCUGUACAUACAUAUGAAAAAAAAAAACUUCCGUACGUGAUGAUAAAAUCAGAUUCACUCCGUGUUUUUUUUUUUGUUGAAAAGUUAGGAGAAUAUAGAACGAAUCGGGGAAAAAAAAUUUAAGUUUCGUUGAAUGAUCAGCAGUUCGAGGGAAAAUAAAAGAGCUGUGACCGGGUUGGAUAUGGCGGGGGAUGGAAUCCAAUGAGAGAGAGUGACACGAUGUAUAAAUAUAUGUGGAAUACCAUCGGUUCUGUAUUCAUCAAUUGAUAUAUAAACCGUGUAAAAGGUGAAAUACAAUGGGAAAAUGAUCAGCCGUUCA